UAGAAAUUAUUCAUAACACAACGUCAAAAACAGAUUAUUUUCAAUAAUUUUUCUAAUUGUAUUCCGUAUUCGUAUAACUCUACAAAUUACUGAAGGCUGCAUUCUUCCUUUUCCCGCGCUGUUUAUCCGCUAUGGCAAUCAGGGUAGGAACAAGCAUCAACUCUAACACAUUCUCCGUCCGUCCUUCUCUUCCAAAUAUGAUCAAUCAUUACAAUUCUUUCAAAUUCCUCAAACCCACUUCAAAUAUCGAUCCAAUUUCAAAUUUCAUGUCAGCAAAAACUGCUGUUAGAAUGUCAACAGUUUUAAAUAAACCCAUUUCUGGAGAAACUAUUGAUUACAAUCAGCAAAUUCGACAUUUAUGUGAAGGUAAUAGACUAUCAGGAGCUGUUGGUUUGCUAUGUUCCUCUCCAAAAUCGGAAUUGGAGUUGGGUACUUAUUGUUUAGUGCUUCAACUCUGUGCAAAGUAUAAGUCCUUGCAAGAAGGUCGUCGAGUUCAUUCAGCGAUUUUGUCGAACAGUUUACACGUGUGCAGUGUAUUGGGUGCAAAAUUAGUAUUUAUGUAUGUCAAUUGUGGGGAUUUAGUAGAAGGUAGAAAAAUCUUUGAUAUAAUUGCAAAUGAGAAGGUUUAUUUAUGGAAUUUAUUGAUCAAAGAGUACACAAAAGUUGGUAAUUUUAAGGAAGGUAUAUAUUUGUAUAACAAAAUGAGGGAUUUUGGGGUUGAACCUGAUGCAUAUACAUUUUCCAGUGUUUUGAAGUGUUUUUCAGGAUUCGAGUUAAUGCAGGAAGGUGAAAAGGCUCAUGGGUGUUUAUUGAAGUUAAAUUUAGGUGCUAAUACUGUGGUAGUAAACUCCCUUAUUAGUUUUUAUUUCAUGUUUGGGAAACUUGAAAAAGCACAGAAGCUGUUUGAUGAAUUGCUUGACCGAGAUGUUGUAUCCUGGAAUUCAAUGAUAAGUGGGUAUGCGUCAAAUGGAUUUGCAAGAAAAGCAAUCGAUAUUUUUAAACAAAUGAUUUGCUGUGGCAUAUUUCCGAAUUCAACAACUUUGAUUUGUGUUCUUUCGGCCAUUGCAGAUGUUGCUGCAGUUGAGUUAGGAGCUAUGGUUCAUGGUUAUAUGGUAAAAACUGGUUUUCAUCAGGAUUUGACUUGUAACAAUACUUUACUUGAUAUGUAUUCGAAAUGUGGUGACUUGAAUGGUGCAAUUGAAGUCUUUGAAAAUAUGGGUGAACGUAAUAUCGUGUCAUGGACUUCUAUGAUAGGUACAUAUACGCGUGAAGGUCUGUCUGAUGCUGCCGUGAAAUUGUUUCACGAAAAGAGAAACAAGGGUAUUAAACCUGAUACAUUUGCUAUGACUGCUGUGUUAAAUGCUUGCGCAUCGAGCGGAUUGUUGGAAGACGGGAAGGAGGCGCAUGAGUAUGUCAAAAAGCAUAAUAUGGAUUCCGAUAUGUCGGUCUGUAAUGCCCUCAUGGACAUGUACAUCAAAUGUGGAAGCAUGAAGGAUGCAGAGUUAAUAUUCAGUCAGUUGGUGGUGGUGGACACAAUAUCCUGGAAUAUUAUGCUAGGUGGUUACUCAAAGAACGGGCUUCCAAAUGAAGCACUGAACUUAUUUCAUGAAAUGCUACAUGAAUUGAAACCGGAUGCUGUAUCCAUGUCUUGCAUAUUACCCGCUUGUACUAGCCUAUCCGCCUUGGAAACGGGAAAACAGAUUCAUGCCUACAUACUAAGAAACGGGCAUUAUUUCGACCAGUAUGUUGCUAAUGCACUUGUUGACAUGUAUGUGAAGUGUGGGCAACUAGCUUCUGCUCGAUUAGUAUUUGAUAUGAUUCCUAGCAAGGAUUUAGUUACAUGGACGAUAAUGAUUGCCGGAUAUUGUAUUCAUGGACUUGGAAAUGAGGCUAAUAUAGCUUUCGCUGAUAUGAGAAACGAAGGGAUUCAACCAGAUGAGAAAUCCUUCACAUCUAUAUUAUAUGGUUGCGUUCACUCGGGAUUGCUUAGUGAAGGAAGGAGAUUUUAUCUAAUGAUGGAAAAGGAAUUUAACAUUGAGCUGAAGUUGGAGCACUACUUAUGCAUGGUUAACCUCCUUGCUAAUGCCGGGAGGUUGGAAGAAGCGUAUAAAUUCAUCGAACGUGUGCCUUUGGAGCCUGAUGAGUCUCUCUGGGGCGCUUUACUUCAAGGGUGCAGAGUACACCACGAUGUUAAACUAGCUGAAAAGGUGGUUAAGCGUGCGUUUGAGCUUGAACCUAAUAACACAACAUACUCUACUCUUCUUGCAAACAUAUAUGAAGAGGACAAAACAUGGGAGAAGUUUAAAUGGCUGAGAAACAAAAUCAAGCAUCUUGGACCGAAAAAGAAUCUAAUUUGCAGCUGGAUCGAAGCUAACGAGAAGGUUCAAAUCUUUAUUGCAGGCAAUGUAUCUGCACACCCAGAUUUCAAAAAGAUAGAUACAUUCUUAAAGAAGCUAAGAACUAGAAGGAAGAAUGAAAAGUAUUCCCUAAAAGGAAAGCGUACGUUCAUUGAUGAGGAGGAAACGAAGAAGGAAGUAGCUCUUUGUGGUCAUAGUGAGAUAUCAGCUGUGGCUUUCGGAGUCUUAAAUAUGGCACCCGGGAAAACAAUAAGUGUCACUAAGAACUCGAAAAUAUGCUACGAAUGCCAUGAAACAGCCAAGUUCAUAUCAAAAGUUUGUAGAAGGGAAAUUGUCUUGAGAGAUUCUCAUCGUUUCCAUCAUUUCAAGGAUGCACGGUGUUCUUGUAAAGGCUAAAGGAGAGUGUCGUUUAAAAAUGGAUCUAUUUCUUUGACAAAACAUCGAGUCAUGUAGAACUCGAUCAACUGAUAUCGUUAACAAUCUCCUUUUUAAUCAUUAACAAGGAUAAGGUUGCGUACAUCUAGUCCUCCAAACCUCGCCAUAGUGGGAGGUAUUGAUAUUGUUAUAUAAGUACUUCCCUGAGAUUUGGAGCUUGUAUGUCAUCAUAGUAUACUAAUUUUGGCCUGCAAUUUUGAAUAGCCAUAUUUACAAGAUAUAAAACGUGGGACAGCCACAAUUUGUCUGUGCAUUCCUAGCAUUGUCUUGUAUGGAAUUAUUAGGCACAUAAAUGGUAUGAGAAAAGGUAUAAUUUGUCUAUCUACUGUUACAAUUAUUUGAUUUUGAAGCUAAUGACUGAUAACCUGGUCUUGCUGGCUGAGUUGUAAUAUCACAUGAAUCUGCAUCUGUUAUGUUGAAAAUUGAGUAUUUUCUGUUACAUUUCAUCCAUUUGAGUGGUUCAUUAUUAGCUGAGAGGCUACUAUAUUAUAAU